UGUGCUGCGGCGGAAGUGACGGCGCGGAGGGGCCGCCAUGAAGCCGGCGGUGGACGAGAUGUUCCCUGAGGGCGCCGGCCCGUACGUGGACCUGGAUGAGGCAGGGGGAAGCACGGGGCUGCUGAUGGACCUGGCCGCCAACGAGAAAGCGGUGCACGCCGACUUCUUCAACGAUUUUGAAGAUCUCUUUGAUGACGAUGACAUCCAGUGAACUUGGUUGUGCAGCAGAGCUGAGAUGUGGAGUUUUCUCUAAGAUCACCCCUGCAGUCCAUUAUUUAUUAAAUAAACCAAAAUGGGAAACUCACAGAGGGGAAGGAAGCCUGAAUAACCUGCUUGGGGAAUAUGAAAACCAGAUGGGUAAAGAUAACUGAGGAGGGAAGUAUGCACUGUUAUUUCUAGGAAGCUGUGUGUAGAUUUCCCUGGAAAUUUUAUUUGCUGAUGAUAUUGAAUAAAAUACUGAAGAAACACGGAUCUCUCUGACUUAUAAAAGUAGAAAUUGCUGUCUUCUGAGCUCCCUUAGAGUGAAUACUUUGGCAUUAAAUAAUUCAUUGUUGCUUUUGGAUAUUACAUGAAAGGUAUGCAGUAGGGUACAUGCUGCCCAGGAAAGUUUUGUUCAUCCCACAGUAAACGAUUGUCUCAGGAUCAGAUGGUUGCUUGUUCUGAAUAGUCCA